CAUUUUAUGUUAUUUAUGAACUCCUAAUAUUCGUACUAUUCGUACCAUUGUUUUCUAAGCAACCACUAGGAAAAAACUAAUUAAUGGUUACUAUUAUUAAGAGAAUGAGUGCAUGAAUAAUGAUGUUUCUUAGUUUUAGUAACAGAUUUUAAGCCCUUUAAUUCUUAAGUGAUUGAAAGAAGAAUUGUUUUAAUAUGUAAACAAAGACCAUAGACUCAGUAGAUUACCAAAAUACUAAACAAAUACUUUGUAAACAAAGACUCAAAAACCAAAAUUAUCACAAUUAAAUAUCAUGACCAACAACUAUAUUCAGAGUUUCUUCCACGAUACUUCGAGCUUAAGACAAAAUAAGGAGUUGUUGUCAAUGUCAACGCUAAUGGCAUUAUAAUGAUAACGAAGUUUCUUGACGACUCUAUAAUCAUUUUCUUGGCAAGAUCCCAAGACUACUACUUAUAAACGGCCACACACAUCAUUUUCGAAUCAACUAAUCCCGUUACAGAGUAAGAUCAUCACCAAUCAAUGGCUCAAGAUGGAAACGUCCAGAAUCUUCCGGUUCAAAACCAAGUGCGUAACCGGACUUCCUUCCAUUUCCAACCUCAAAGAAAUUGGCUCAACGAUCCAAAUGCGCCAAUGUAUUACAAAGGAUUCUACCAUCUGUUCUACCAGCACAACCCUUUGGCUCCCGAGUUCAAUAGGAAAAUCAUAUGGGGUCACUCUGUUUCACAAGAUAUGGUCAACUGGAUCCAACUCCCACCAGCAUUUUCCCCCUCUGAGUCCUACGACAUCAACAGCUGCUGGUCAGGAUCCGCCACGAUCCUCCCCGAUGGCAAACCUGUGAUCUUGUACACCGGAAUCGAUGACCAAGAGAGACGGGAAGACAGAAGUCAAGUCACAGUUCUUGCUGUACCUAAAGAUGUUUCCGACCCUUUGCUUCGUGAGUGGAUAAAGCCAAAGCAAAAACCUGUCAUGGUUCCACCAGAGGACGUCCUUCACUACUGUUUCCGUGACCCUACGACUGCAUGGCUAGGUCCAGAUGGGAAAUGGAGAGUUCUCAUAGGAGCUAAGGAGAGAGAUACUCGAAGAGGAGUGGCGCUUUUGUACCAUAGUACUGAUGAAUGUGCGCAAUGGGAAAGGCAUCCAGAACCUUUACUUGUAGCACAAGCCAACGAAAUGUUGGAGUGCGUUGACUUUUUCCCGGUUAAGCUCGCCGGUAAAGAAGGUGUGGAUACUUCUGUGAACAAUGCUAGUGUGAGGCAUGUGUUGAAAGUUAGUUUUGAGGAACAAAUUGGAGGCAAAGAUUGUUAUGUGAUUGGUACAUAUUGUUCCGAGACUGACAGAUUUGUCCCGGACUCAGAGCUCACUUACACAAGUGCGGAUUUGAGAUAUGAUCAUGGAUGGUUUUACGCCUCCAAGUCGUUCUUUGAUAGUGCUAAGAAUAGGAGGAUCAACUGGGGAUGGGUUGUGGAGACUGACAGCAGAGAAGAUGAUUUUGAGAAAGGAUGGGCUGGCCUUCUGGCUCUUCCUAGGCAAAUGUGGCUGGACACAAGUGGAAAGAGGCUGAUGCAAUGGCCAAUCCAAGAGAUCAAUUAUCUCCGGACCAGACAUGUUAGCUUCCAUAACAGGCAACUCGAAGGCCGCUCGAUGUUUGAAAUCACAGGCAUUACUGCAGCACAAGCAGACGUUGAAGUGACUUUUGACCUGCCUGUUCUGGAACAUAACGCCCGGAUACGGGACUCAACACACAUUGCUGAUGCGGUUUUGUUCAAUUAUGGCAACUCGCUUGGAUGUGUUUACGGGCCUUUUGGGUUGCUAGCAUUAGCUUCCAAUGAUUUAUCCGAACAAACUGCGAUCUUCUUUAAGAUCAUUCGUCGCGGAAAUGGAUAUUCGGUUAUAAUGGGCAUCGAUGAGAAUAGAUCUUCGUUGAGAGACAACGUACAAAAAAUUCCGCAUGGAACAUUCCUAGACGUUGAUCCAAGACAUGAGAAGAUCUCAUUAAGAUGUUUGAUCGAUCACUCGAUUAUAGAGAGCUAUGGAGCAGGAGGAAGAAAUGUGAUAACUUCUAGGGUUUAUCCCAAAUUGGCAAUUGGUGAAGCAGCUAAGCUUUAUGCGUUUAAUAAUGGGACGAAGGGUGUGACCAUAUCGUCUCUGGAUGCUUGGAGCAUGAGAAAUGCCCAAAUCAAUACAAAUGCAAUUUAAUAAUCACUAAUAGUGAUGAUAAUUAAUAAUAAUAAUGUUUGGACUGCCCUAAAGAUGAUUAGUUUCUUUUCAUGGACUGCUGAAUUGUUUGAAGAUUUAUAAUCCGUAUUUUGUAUU